CAGGAACAACAACAGGUACCACAACAGGAACAACAACUGGAACCACACCAAGUACCACAACAGGUACCACAACAGGAACAACAACUGGAACCCCAACAGGUACCACAACAAGAACAACAACUGGAACCACUCCAGGAACAACUCCUGCUACCACAACAGAGUGUGUUCCCGGCAGCAGAGAAAGAAUAUGUGAUUGGAGUGAAUGGAUUAACGAUGAUUCUGGACAAAUGCAAUCUGAGAGUGCUUCAGCUGAGGAAGUUGAACUACUUGAAGAUGCCCGGCACUUCCCCGGUUUCCCGAAGAUUGCCACGUAUACGGUAUCCAGUGCAGGACUGUAGACACACAUGUUAUGUGGAAUGAAACUACUGACGCUGUUACCGUUGAUGUUAAUACAGGUCUUCGCUGUAUUAAUAUACUAGGAAGACCAAUAUGUCGGGACUAUGAAUGUAGAUGGAUGUGCUGCAGUUGGCACACUGUCACUUGCACACCACCUGGAACAUCCACAGAAGG